AUGGAUCCAUCUAGACCGCCUCAAUUACCGCCAGUACGCCCGGUACCCAUAACCCGCGAACUCGUAUCAAAACUCACACAUAAUGAUGAAGAAGAGGACAAACACAAUAGGAUGCUGGUCAUCCGAGACCUCAAACUCUCCAAGCUGAGACGCAUCCAUCCAAAGACUCGGAUGGAACCCCUCGGCCUCCUGGACACUCUCCCCCCAGAAAUCCUCCUCUGCAUCUUGGAGUACCUCGACUUUAAAUCUCUGCUCCGCCUCACACAGGUUUGCCUGCGAGGAAAACAGACUGUCGAGUCGAUGCCUGCAUACAGAGAGAUGCGUCUGUACGCGGGAGACUCCCUCAUCGCCCUGGGCAAGACUCGUCUACUGCAACAGCACUCGGCUGCUCUCCUCCGCCAGACGCUCCGCUCUGGCUACUGUGUCUCCUGCUUCGACUACGGCGGGUUUCUGUUCCUGCCGACGUGCGAGAGGGUCUGCUUCGAGUGCAUGCACAAGAACCGAGGCUUCCAUAUGAUGACGCUCAACACGGCAAAGAAGUGCUUCGACCUGACGGAUAAGCAGCUCAAGAGCAUACCCACCCUAUAUAGCAUCCCCAACACCUACAACGUCAGGAACUACAUCUCACGGAAGCGCAUGAUCCGCUUCGUGUGUGCCAAGCAGGUCAAGAAGCUGGCCCUUCAAGUCCACGGCCCCGAAAAUUGGCCAAACUCAUCCCCAAGGCCCCGCCCCGGGGGAUAG